GGUAACGUCACGAGGUCGCCUCGAUGAGCGUUAUUUGUCUGACCAUAGCCCUCCAGCCCAGAUGAGCCUUCCAUUCUUGCCUGACUUACAUGCGGAAGUCGAAAAGGAAUGGAAGAGGCCGUUUUUCUCUCGCAUCCAUCGGUUUCAGCAUACGAGUUAUGCUAAUAUCGAGGGCAUGCACGAAAACGGCUAUGAGAGGAUGCCUCCUGUAGAAGAGACGCUGGCUAGCUAUCUCUCUGUGGGGGAAACAUCCUCUUUUAAAUCUCCCUCUUUACCAUGUAAGCCCCUCCAGGAUACAUCCCGCUUAAAUGGUAAAUCAUACGCAGCAGCAGGUCAGGCUGUGGCUUCGUUGCAUACAAUGGCAGUGCUUCAGGCUUACCAGGCUGACCUGCUGAAGGACCUGGAUACAGGCGAGGGCCUUUCAGCUGACCAGGUAGCCGAGCUGCGCCGCACCACAGACCUCUCUCUCCGGGCUACCAAGCAGGCCGCCUCCGCCAUGGGUAGGUCUAUGGCGGCCACGGUGGUAACGGAGAGACAUCUGUGGGUGAACCUGGCAGACAUCGGGAGGGAAGAAAGGGGGUUUCUUCUCGAUGCUCCGGUCUCGCCUUCUGAGCUUUUCGGUACCUCCGUCGAGAUGGUGGUCGAAAAGUUCAGGGAGGCAAGGGCACGCUCAGCUGCCUUUGAAUCCUUCAUUCCACGAAGGUCCAGGUCCGAGCCCGAACAACAAAGGGGUCCUGGCCCAUCUCGAUCUGAGGAUCGAAGACGGGCGCAGAUGGCUAGUGUCGCGGCUCGUGCUCCUCCCCCGCCUAAGGGCAGGGGCAAGAGGAAUCGCGGGUCACGAAGAGCCACCAGCUCUCCACCUGAUCGAGGUUAGGUGGAAAGUUUCUCACAUAACAGUCUCCUAUCCUGGACCUAUGAUGUUUCUGGUUGGUCCUAUAUUCAUAGUAACCACCUUACUGACGGUCCGGACCAAAAGGGGGCGCCCCGUAGGCGGGACUCCAGUACAGGAGGGUGGGUGAGUAUGUAACCCUUUCUUUAUCUGCUUAUGGGUGUUAUGUUGCUGGUGGUUAUAUGUCUACUAACAAACUCUGUGAGUUUCCUUUACAGUGCUCAGUUCCGGCCUCGUGCUCUGGUAUUAGGUGGCCAAGAUCACAGGCUUUCGGCA